AUGAUCGGUCUAAUGAGACGGAAGCUCAGUUCGAAGAGGUUUUUUGAAAUCCGAUCGCCCCAUGCAUUGUCUCUCACGUCUUGCUGAGAAGCCAGUCUGUUCCAACUUUUACUCAAACUGCGAUGAGUCUCACUGAGGUGCUCAAGGAAAAGUUUGAGCAGAUUGGCGAGCGCGAGCUCGACGACUUGUAAGCUCACCCUUUUUUUAUUAUUUGUUUUAAAUCAUGCGGUUUUUUUAUUGAAUUGUGGAACACUCCGUCUCAAAAAAACUCCUAGCUUUUUUUCUGAAAAUAUUUGUCUAAACAAAAGAUUUGAAAAAUGUCCCGAUAAAGGCUUUUUAGUGUUAUUUAUCGUCAUUCAAGCUCACUGCUUCAUUGGAAAAACCCCAGCAUAAUCAUUUUCAACGAGAAAAAAAAUUUCUGUUCGGCUUUUUCAGAGUGAUUUUUGGUUUCUGAUUUCGAGAAGAACCUUUUGAAAAUACCUUUUUUUCCAAAUCAUCCUCUCAAAACUGCCCAAAACGGGACUAGAUUUAUAAAAAAACUUUAAAAACCAGUUUCGUUAAAAAUCAAUAAUUUCACAGCUAAUCGUUGAAAUUUCGGUUUCUUUAAACCAAAAAACCCGGUUUCAAUACUGAUUUUUUUUUUCGUCAAACUCUCAUAUUUCCCAUGCACUUUUCAUUAUUUGAAUGCUGUAAAACCAUGCAAAAAACUUCAUUCACAAUUCAAGCAUUAAGACAUUUCGCAUGCGUCUUCAGGCAAAGAUUGAUAUCUUAAAAAUCCCGUAAUCCUAAACAAAUUUACAAUUGAGUUCUAGUAGGCUUUCAGAGUACAUGAAAAGUUGAAUUUGAGGAGAGAAUCACGGAGAUGGAGAGAACCGCCAGAAAAAGCCCUACGCGCCGAGGAUAUAGUUGUCAAGUCGACGACCAUGACUGAGCAGCGGACUCAGCAGGUUUUUUUUCCUCUUUUUUCGGACUAUAACCGUUUUACAACUUUCUUAACCUCAAGGUUGUGUUUUUGAAGAUUUUCGAUAAAAAUGGGUGAGUAUUUUUUCUGGUUUUUCGUUCAUAACUUUGUUAAAAACAAUUGUUUUGACCUGAAAUUUUGAUGGGCUUUCAAGAAAGGUCAAAGAAAAAUUUUAAUCACAGGAUGAAGCAAAGGUGGGGAAUUUAUUUUCGUAUAUUUUCAAAAUCGCAAGUUUCACCAAAUACGAACGAAAAAAAACCAAAGUAAUGCUCACCGAUUUUCGCCAAUGUAUAUAAAAAGAGCUGUUCUUCUAAAAAAACAUAAUGAAUAAAUUUUUACAAAACGAUUAGAAAUUAGAAGUUCCUAUUUUUCUUGGAGAGUCCUCUUAUAACUUAUUACAUCUUCUGUCAAAAAAAUAUUCCGUCCUUUUUUUCCGCAUUUUCUGAGUUUGCUAGCCGUGAUUUUUGGAAAAUAGACAUAAAUUCAAUCAAUCAAUCAAUAUUUAGUCAUAGGUAAUACCUUGGAAUGUAAACGUUGAAAAAAACGCUUAGAAGCGCCAUUUCUCCACCUCUGAUAGGUAAUCAAUCAAUCAAUAUUCAACUAAGUGGUGAAAAAAAGAACUUCGAAAGUUUUAACUUCUUAUAGUAAUUUUUUAAAAAUACGAUAGUUUUUUUUUACCAGGCCGUAACAUGUCUGGGUGACGCUCUAGCCAAUUGUGGGAUCGAGAACGAAAUCGCGUCUUUUAUGAAGCGAAAAUUCGAUGAAUUACAUGGUUAGUUAAUCUAACUUCUAAACUUCGCGGUUUGAAACUGCUCUUUAUCUCUGCGCUCUCCUCGACUCUCGGCGACUCUCUUACGUUGACGUGCUGUUUCCAUUAUUUCUCUGACCUCGCCGGUGAGGGAACAGAGAGACGCAGACAUUCGAAAAAUUUCAAGUCGCGCUGAUUCACGGCUGACUUGAGUCAUUGAAAAAAAGGGUCCUGACACGAAAAAUGCGCGAAAUAGCGCCUGGUUUGUGGAGAGCGCAGACAUUUCGUUUCCAAGCUAGCCGUGGAUCAGCUAUACAAUUAUCUUUAUUUUUUUUCCUAGGAAUAAAAUUUAUAACGAAAUAAUGAGCUAAAGAUGAGAAUUGAAGGUUCGCACUGGCAGUGCAUCGUCGGCCGCAACUUUGGAAGUCACCUGGACACUGUCGAGCACGUUCAUCUGAUCCUGUCCAAAAUAUCCGUCCUUCUGUUCCGAUGUCAUUGA